AUGAUAAAAGGUUUUCCAUUAGUGAGAAAUGUUAGCAAGCUUCCACAAGGUAGCUUCGGGAUUCCCGGUUUGUCUCACACAACCCUUGCGGGUUCAGUCUUGCAUGGCAUGAAAGAGGUUGAGGUAUGGCUGCAAACAUUGGCUCCGGGAGCUCGCACCCGAGUCCAUAGACACUCAUGUGAGGAGGCAUUCCUGGUCCUAAAGGGCAGUGGCACUCUCUAUCUUACGACAAAUAUGCACCCCGAAUUCCCUGGGAAUCCGCACGAGUUCCGAAGCUUCUCAAAUAGCACAUUCCUUGUCCCGAUUGAUGAUGUUCAUCAGGUCUGGAACACAAAUGAGCAGGAGGAUUUACAAAUUUUGGUUAUUAUAUCUCGUCCACCUGUGAAAGUGUUCACAUAUGAUGACUGGUUUAUGCCACAUACAGUUGCCAAACUACUCUUCCCUAUCUUCUGGGUUGCUGUGUGUUACCAGACGCCUUUGGAAAGAAACGAGCUUUAA